AUUAUAAUUUAUUGUUAAACUCCGAAAGCCAAAGAAGAGUUGAAAUGGAGAAACAAACAAGUUUUGUGGAAAGGGAGAGAGGAUUAUUGCGUAUAAAAGGUGAGGACGUUAUCUUCCCGCGUCGUAACCACAGCAUCUAAUCUCUCUCUCUCUCUCUUUAUUAUUGAUAACUCAUACAUUUACCCAAUUUCUAAUGGCUUCAAUAUCUGCAAUCGGAAUACCCCCCCAAUUCCAAUCCUUGACGCCAUCCGGCGGAAGAGCUUCAACCACCAAAUGGCGCCGACCAAUCGCUGCUCAUCACCCCCACCAUUUCCCCCAUUCCGCUCUAUCCGUUCACACUGCAGGGAGAAGAGAAGUGGUCGUCUUAUCCUUUGGAUUACUGGGUGGAGCUCUAUGGAGUGCUUCAAAUGAUACACUGGCUGUUGCAUCUGAAUUUGCUGACAUGCCAGCAAUCCGAGGGAAGGACUAUGGCAAGUCAAAGAUGCGCUAUCCGGACUACACUGAAACUCAAUCAGGUCUUCAGUUUAAGGACCUAAGAGUAGGAGAUGGCCCCAAGCCUAAGAUGGGAGAGACAGUUGUGGUUGAUUGGGAUGGUUACACCAUAGGAUACUACGGCCGCAUAUUUGAAGCUAGAAACAAGACAAAGGGUGGAUCCUUUGAGGGUAAUGAUAAGGACUUCUUCAAAUUCAAACUAGGAUCCGGAGAGGUAAUUCCAGCUUUUGAGGAAGCUGUUUCAGGGAUGACUUUGGGCGGAGUUAGAAGGAUAAUUGUUCCCCCAGAACUGGGAUAUCCUGAGAAUGAUUUCAAUAGGAGUGGCCCAAGGCCGACAACCUUUUCAGGUCAAAGAGCCUUGGAUUUUGUGCUGAGGAACCAGGGGCUGAUAGACAAAACUCUGCUGUUUGAUAUAGAGCUGCUCAAAAUCUUACCGCGCUGAGUUCAAGUGAUCAAUUGUCAAUGUCAAGAUACUCCAAUAGGACCUUCAAAAUUUUAGGUGAGCAAAAAGAGUCUUCAGUUAAAAAGGAUUCACAUCAGGAAACACUACCACUCGAGGGACUUGGAGAAUUUAGUUCAUGAAACUGGCAGAGGCUCUGCUUAUUGUUAUUACAAAAAGAGCUGUACGGAAAUAUGAAUGAUUGAAGAAUUUUGCUAAAUAGUUAUGGCUAAAUCUCUCUCUUUCCUUUUCCUUUUUGGAUAGGAUGUA